GGCUUAGUGGGGGGGGAAGGGAAGCGAAUCCGCUAAGUCUCAUUUCUGGCGCUCGGCGAGUUGCAGAGCAAAGCCCUAAUACGCAGGAAUGCAAAGAAUUAAUGUUUUAACUAUCCUCCACUUGGACAACGUAUCAACAGUAAAUAGUUCGAGUCAUUUGGAUUUCAGAAGGCAUUCGUGCAGCCCGGAGAGGAGGAGGGCACCCAAAAUCCUACCGGGCCUGGCUGUGAGGGGCUGCAAAGAGGCACCGGGAGGAAGUUUUGGGGUUUUGCAAGGAGCAAAGCAUGCGGCACGCAAAGGGAAUCUCUCCUGGGAGCAGCUCCUGGGGGACUGCAGGAGAACAGUUUGCAAUUUGAUUUUCCACCUGGGGAAGAUCCCAAAAGGGUGGAAGGAUCCCAAAUUGUGCGAACUGAAAGCAAAGUUUCCUCUGCAAAGCAACUCGGGUUCAAAGAAAUAAAGAAAGCAAGCGGCGCGAUGCAUGGAUUUUCCAGCAGCUUUCCUGCCUUAGGAGCACUGGCACCCUGCAACCCCGCAGGGCACGGGGCUGAGCCUUCAGCAGGGUCAGAUAUUGCUUUUAAACCCAACACUACAGCUCUGCACACUGAACCCAGGUGUUAUUCGCACCGCAUGACCUCAACAUCACCAAAAAAAGACCCAGUGCGGAGCCAUCAGCCCUCAAUCACCACUGUCCACUUAACCAUUUUAACUCCUGCCAUAUUUACUGCUGUGCAGCAUCGCUUCCCCAUAGCGGGGAGCCUGCUGGGUUCGGCCCAGCUGAUUUUCACCCUCUCCCACGGUUGGGUUUAAGGUUUCACAGCCUUCCCCUGGUUAUAAAUAGCCCCUAGGCACUCGCCAUGCCCCGAGCGGUCCUCCUGCCAGAGCCUUCCAUGGGAAGCAGGGCACACGUGAGCCAAUAUUUGGGAAAUCCCUUCAAGAAACGGCUUUGCAGGUUUGCCGUCAAGCCCUUCUGCCUCGCUGACAGCUCGAAAGGAGCGGUGCCAGAGCCGCCGCUGUGCGCUGAGCGCUGCGGGCGCUCCGUCCGUCGGUGCGUCCGUCGGAGCGCCGGUAGGUGUUGCUGUAGCGACGGGAAUCCAGCCCCGGCCGGGAGCUCCGGGGCAGAGCGAGCCGGCCAGCCUCCCCCCCCACCCCCGACACACACACCUCCUCCUGUUCUCCCCCCGCUUUUCUUUCAACAUCGCAAAACUGCAGCCGCAGCCUCAGCGACGGGCGGCGGGGUGCGAAUCAAGAGGUGUCCGGGGCAGCUCUGCACGCACAGCGCUUGGAAACCGGGGGGGACUCGCGGCGGAGACCCCCCCCCCUUCCCCCUCCCCGUCCCGGCCGAGCUCCGAGCGGUGCGUUCCACCUCCCCGGGUCCCGCCGCCCCCGGGCGCCGCGGGCACAGCAGCCCCGGCCCAGACGGCGCCUCCGCGGCGCGCCCGCCCGGCUCCGUCCGCCGGGACCCGGGGAGCCCCGACCCCCGCGGCCGGGAGCGCCGAGCCGCAGCCCCCGCACCCGACGGCGGACGGCGAUCCGCACUCCCGACGGACGGACGCGAGCCGUACACCCCGACGGUGGAGCGGCCCCGAGCCGGACCGUUGGCGAUGCGAACCUUCCCCCGCUCCCCGCUCCCCGCUCCGGGCCCUACCUGCGGCGGCGGCGGCGGUGGCUGCGGCUCUCGGCGCGGCGGCUCCGGCUGCAGUGGCGGCGGCGCCUCCCGCUCUGCCGCUGCCGGGGCUGCGCCGCGCCGCGCCGCGCUGCCCUUUUUCGUCAGUGGAAAACUCCGGGCUCUGACGCAGGCGGUGACAGGAGCGGGGCCGGCGCGCUCCCGGGCCCGCCCGGCUUCCUGCCCCCCCGGGCGGGGCGCUGACUCAGGGCCGCCGCCGCCGCCUCCCCGCCCCGCCCGCCGGGGGCGCUGCCCGAGAGGGGCCCGAGGGGCGGCGGGGCGGUACCUGACCCCUGAAAAGGCUUUGGGUCAUGCAAAAGGGUUGGGUAUCCGGAAGGUUUAUGAGACUCACGAGGAAGGAUUGACCCUGAAAGGGAGUUGA